AGAGAGAGAGAGAGAGAGAGAGAGAGAGAGAGAGAGGCACCACACUGCAGAUCCUCCUCGCCCACUGUCGCUGCUCCAUAAGCUGAGGAGACGACAGCGCCGGAGGAGGACGCCAUGGAGGAGCCGCUCUGGAGUGUCCCACGCCGGCUCUCCUCCCCUCGCUGACCUCCAUCAUCCCUCUGGACAACUCCUCUCCGUGCGCCUCAACUCUUCCUGCAGCAUUCCCGCCUCAAAGCCCACCUCGCUUCACUUCAGUCACCUUUUUGCUUUUUCAAGGAGGAGAGGGGGGGGGACGACCGUGUCACAUUUUUUUUUCUUCUUCACCCUCAUCACCUCGGCUGACCUCCUGAGCUGAGUGGAUUAACUUUUUCUUGGAGGUGGGUGGGGGGACCAGCGGCGGGUGGACGGACCAUGGGGCCGCGGGGGUUGCGUACGGGCAGCCGGCACCCGCUGGCGACAUUCCUGCUGCUGGGGUGUGUUUUCUGGAGGGCUCGGGCGCAGAUGGACGACGGGAAGUCCGUCUACUUCUGGGAAACAGGGCCUUGGGGGAGGUGCAUGGGCAGCGACUGCGGCCCUGGUGGCAGCCAGAGCCGGGCGGUGUGGUGCGCCCACGUGGACGGCUGGACCACGCUUCACACCAACUGCGACCAGGCCCAGCGUCCGUCCAACCAGAGAAACUGCUUCCGCGUGUGCGACUGGCACAAGGACCUUUAUGACUGGCGGCUGGGACCCUGGAACGAGUGCUUGUUGGUGUCCGCCAGGGCCUUGGAUGCCCCGCGCCUUUUCACCUGUAGCGGAGGCAAAGAGGGCAUCCAGACCCGGGAGGUGGGCUGCAUACUCAAGUCAGAUGGAUCUCCAGCCGAGGACGCGAUCUGUGAGUACUUUGAGCCUCAGCCCCGCCUGGAGCAGGCCUGCUUGAUCCCCUGUCCUCAGGAGUGUGUGGUUUCUGAAUAUUCUCCGUGGACCUCUUGCUCUAAAACCUGUGGAAUCGGCCUCCGGAACCGGGUCAGGAGCAUCUUGGUUCCUCCUCUUUAUGGAGGAGCCAUCUGCCCCAACCUCACUGAGUUCCAGUCAUGUAAACCAGGACCUUGCACCGGCCCAGAGGGCAUGUACAGCCUCAGGGUCGGGCCCUGGAACCCCUGCAUCUUGCCACAGACCCGGACGGUGCGCCAGGCCAAGCGCAGGAAGGGUAAAGGUCAGGGAGGGGACAAAGAUCCGGAGACAAGGGAGCUUAUCCAAAAGAAACGGACCAGGAACCGCCUAAACCGGCAAGAGAGUUCUUUCUGGGACAUCCAGGUGGGCUACCAGACCCGAGACGUCACCUGCAUUCACAGAAACAGCAGCUCUGUGGGACGCAGCCUGUGCAGCCAGCGGGAGGUGCCGCUCACCAUCCAGUCCUGCGUCCUGUCUAAAGACUGCCAGGUGAGCGACUGGAGCGACUGGGGCCUCUGCUCCAAAGCCUGCGCCGACCCCGCCUACCCCCGAGGACACCGCACUCGGAGCAGACAGGUGCUCCAGUUCCCCGUGGGCGACGGCACCGAGUGCCCGCCGCUGGACGAGAGGGAGCCGUGCGUGCCUGAGGGUGACGCCUUGAUGCCCUGCGCCGCCUACACAUGGAGGACCACUGAGUGGGCCGAGUGCCGAGUGGACUUGUUGCUAAGCCAACAGGACCGUCGGCGUGGCAACCUGACGGGACUUUGUGGGGGAGGUCUGCAGACCCGCGAGGUGUACUGUGUCCAGGCCAAUGCCGAGCUCCUGAAGUACAUGGAGGACGUCAAGGAGAAGGACAAAGCUGCUCAGACCCAAAAGCAACAGAAGCCUAGUGUCCCUCCCCUCCUGUCCAUCUCCUUCCAGAUCACAGCUUCACGCCCAGUGGAGAACUGGCUGUGCGAGGGUCCCGUUCCCGAGCGGUCCCAGCUGUGCCAGAUAGCGUGUCCCAUCGAGUGCCAGGUGUCGCCUUGGGGCGCUUGGGGGCCGUGCACCUUCGAGAACUGUGACGAUCAGGCGGGAAAGAAAGGUUUCAAACUGAGGAGGCGCCAGAUCACCAACGAGCCAACAGGGGGCCCUGCUAAUUGCCCGCACCUGGUGGAGGGGCUGCCCUGCGAAGAGCCCAGCUGCUAUGACUGGCGCCUGGUCGGGCUGGACCGCUGCGUCCCCGCCGAGCAGAGGGCCUGCGGGCCUGGCACGCAGCUGGCACAGGUCCAGUGUGUCAACAGCAACGGGGAAGAGGUGGACAAAAGUCUGUGCUCGUCCACACCGCCUCAGGAGCCCGUGGUCUGUGAGGUGCCUUGCUCCAGGGACUGCGUGCUCAGCGAGUGGACAACCUGGUCCACCUGCUCUCAGACCUGCUCCAGUAAAACCAUCGAGGGCAAGCAGAUGAGGACUCGCUCCAUUCUGGCCUACAACGCAGGAGAAGGUGGAGCACAGUGCCCCAACAGCAGCGCCCUCCAGCAGGUGCGCAACUGCAACGAGCACGCCUGCACCGUCUACCACUGGCAGACCGGGCCUUGGGGGCCGUGCACCGAGGACGCCUCCACCGCUUCGUCCCCCAACGCAUCGGCGGCGGGCUCUGGCAGCACGGGCCCUGGUGGCUGCUCCAAGGGCAUGCAGACCCGGAAGGUCAUCUGUGUGCGCGUCAAUGUGGGCCAGGUGCCCCCCAAGAAGUGUCCCGACGGGCCUCGGCCCAGCACAGUGCGGCCGUGUCAGCUGCCCUGCAAGAAAGAUUGCAUCAUGACCCCUUUCAGCGAGUGGACAGCCUGCCCUGUUACCUGUGACGCAGCUGGUAACGCCGUGAAAAGGAAGCAAUCGAGGAAGCGUCUCAUCAUCCAGAUGCCUUCCAACGGAGGCCAGGACUGUCCCGAGCUGCUGGAGGAGGAGAGAGACUGCCAGCUCCCGGAAUCAUGUCCAGGCUUCAGGUGGAAAACCCACAAAUGGAGAAAGUGCCAGCUGGUCCCUUGGUUCCUCAGGCAGGACCGGCCUGGCGCUCAGGAGGCCUGUGGGCCGGGGCUUCAAACACGAGCUGUGUCCUGUCGGCAGCUGGACGGCACACAGGUGGACGUCAGCGAGUGUCUGAAGUCGGCCAGGACCAUGCCGGCCAUCACUCAGCGCUGUCAGCUGCCCUGCCAGGACGACUGCCAGCUCACCAACUGGUCCAAGUUCUCGUCCUGUUCGGCCGACUGCGUGGGGGUGCGCACCAGGAAGAGGACACUAAUCGGGAGGAGCAAGAAGAAAGACAAGUGCAAGAACACGCAGAUGUACCCCUUGAGCGAGACCCAGUACUGCCCCUGCGACAAGUACAACGCCCAGCCGGUGGGCAACUGGUCCGAUUGCAUCCUGCCUGAGGCGGGCGGAGCCGAGGGCACGUUGGGUCUGAAGGUCCAAGGGGACAUCAAGGAGUGUGGACAGGGCUACCGCUACCAGGCCAUGGUGUGCUACGACCAGGACAGCAGGCUGGUGGAGACAUCGCGAUGCAACAGUCACGGUUACAUCGAGGAGGCGUGCAUCAUCGCCUGUCCCUCCGACUGUAAACUCAGCGAGUGGUCCAACUGGUCCCGCUGCAGCAAGUCCUGCGGCAGCGGCGUCAAAGUGCGCUCCAAGUGGCUCCGAGAGAAACCUUACAACGGGGGGCGGCCUUGUCCCAAGCUAGACCACGUCAACCAGGCUCAGGUGUACGAGGUAGUGCCUUGUCAGAGCGACUGCAAUCAGUACGUGUGGGUGGCCGAGCCUUGGAGCAUCUGGAAGGUCAGCAACGUGGACCUGAAGGAGAACUGCGGAGAAGGUGUCCAGACCAGAAAAGUCAGGUGCAUGCUCAACACCAUCGACGGCCCCUCAGAGGCAGUGGAGGACUACCUGUGCGACCCCGAAGAGAUGCCCCUGGGGGCCCGCGAGAGCCGGCUGCCCUGCCCGGAAGACUGUGUCCUCAACGACUGGGGCCCGUGGAGCCGCUGCAGCCUGCCGUGCACCAGGAGCAAGAGCCGGGCGCGCUUGGCGUACACGCUGCGCUCGCCCAGCGUGGGAAGACUUUGUCCAAACAGCAGCGAGGAGGAGCCCUGCGGCCUCAACCUCAACUGCUUCAACUACUUCUACAACAUCACGGACUGGAGCACAUGCCAGCUGAGUCCCAGCGCCGUGUGCGGGAAGGGAAUCAAGACCCGCAUGCUGGACUGCGUCCGCAGCGACGGAAAGUCUGUCGACAUAAAGUUCUGCGAAGAGCUGAAUCUGGAGAAGAAGUGGCAGAUGAACAUCUCCUGCGUGGUCGAGUGUCCCGUUAACUGUCAGCUGUCCGAGUGGUCGGCUUGGUCACAGUGCUCUCAGACGUGCGGCCUGGAGGGUAAGAUGUGGCGUCAGAGGUCAGUGGUUCAGGCCUCGCAGGGCGACGGCCGUCCAUGUCCGUACCAGAUGGAGCAGUGGAAGCCGUGUCCUGUCCGUCCCUGCUAUCGCUGGCAGUACAGCUCCUGGUCCGAGUGCAGGGUGGAGACCGUGGUGUGCGGUCACGGCACUCGCUACAGGAACCUGACCUGCUUCGUGUCAGACGGCGGCGAGGAGGGCGAAGGCAGCCAGGUGGACGAGGAGCUGUGCGGCGGCCUGGACUUGUCGGUGGAUGGAGAUAAACGAAUCAGCCUGAAGGAGGCCUGCACGCUGCCCUGUCCAGGUGAGUGCUACCUGAUGGAGUGGUCGGACUGGAGCACCUGCGUCAGCAUCUGCGCCAAGGAGGCUGGUGUGGACUUCGGUUCCGUUCAGGUUCGCUCGCGUGCCGUGUUGGCCCAGGAACCUGAGAACCUGCAGCUGUGUCCAGACCAGGCCUGGGAGUCUCAACCCUGCACAGGAGGCGAGUGUUACGAGUACAAGUGGCUCAGCAGCGCUCGGCCUGACUCAUCCCGCCCGCUGAUCUGGUGUCAGCGCUCCGACGGACUCAACGUCACCGGGGGCUGCCCUCCCGUCACCCCCUUGGCGGACAUCGGCGCCUGCGACCCGCCUUGUGUCCCGCCGACGUCCUUCUGCAGCGAGGCGGGAGUGUGUGUGUGCGAGGAAGGCUUCACAGAAGUGCUGGCCCCCAGUGGGCUGCUGGCCCAGUGUGCCCCCAUCCCCGUCCUGGAGAUCCCCACAGCGGGGGACAAGAAAGGGGACGUGAAGACCAGUCGUGCCAUUAACCCCACGCUGCCCGCCACCACCAAGCCCGGACGCACGGGCCGGACCUGGUACCUGCAGCCCUACGGACCAGAUGGCAAGUUGAAGAUCUGGGUGUAUGGCGUGGCUGCCGGAGCCUUCGUGCUGCUCAUCUUCAUCGUCUCCAUGAUUUAUCUCGCUUGCAAAAAGCCAAAGAGACCUCAGAGACAGAGGCAGCAAAACAAUCGCCUCAAACCUUUGACGCUGGCCUACGACGGGGACACGGACAUGUAGUCGUGCCGAGGGGACGCAUGGCUUCCUUCACCUAUCACGGCGGGGACGUUUUUUGUUUGUUUGUUUUUUGUCUUUUUUUUGUUUUUUUCUUCUUGUGCAGCAUGAAGGGACCCGUCCCGCAGGCGAGGAGAAGGAGAAAAAUCCUCUUAGAGCACACGAGAACAUCUCUCUUUUUUUUAAAGACAUCCUUUUUUUUUUUACUGUGCAAGUCAGUCAUGACCUUUGACCCCCCCGCACCCCCCGCAUCAUCUAGAAGGCUUUUCCAACACGAGAAGCAGGAGACAAAGACUUUUUCUGCUGAGUCGCUGGAGGCUUAGGAUGCUGUGACGCUUCCUACGUUUGCCAAAAGUCAC